UAGUGUUCAGGCAUUGUUUUGAGAUGGUGAUUCUUAUCCCAAUAGAGUUGUGCUGUAGCUGAAUAAAUGUAUCAACAAAGUUACCUGGACACACUGCCGGUUUGUUUUGAUUGUACGCUGCCGCUCAUGAAAAAAUAUCAGAGUGAAAAAUUUGUGGCGGUCUAAAUAGGUUUUAGCUUCGAAGCGCUUCACAGUUUGAAAUGAAUAAAGUUCGUUUUGCCGUUGUUCAGACCCAAGAAGCACAAGGCCCUGUGCUUUCGGUGGUUCCGCAGCAGUGGGUGAAAAGUGACGGGUUGUUGUGGCCAAACAAAAAUGCUGCAUCGCUUUCGAAAGACGCCUCAUCGAAGCCAGCAGCUUCAUGGACAAAAUUUCCCUGCAUCGUAAAGAAAAGGAAUAUUCCUUCCUACGAGCAGGCCCAGCAGGAAGCAGCGGACCUUUCAGGGCAAUCGACAGAUACUUCCGAUUUUGCAACUCGGAAGAAGCAAAAAAAAAAACAAAAGAGUGAAGCCACCACGGGAUAUGAUUUUAAUCAUAUGUUAAGUCAAGAUCCGUCCAUUGCUAAUCAGUCGCAAUCCGUGAUCAACAAAAACCAGCCGAUGGUUCCAAAGCCUCUUUCUGUAGUAUCGCGAAUAGUACCCGGCAAGACAUCACAACGACCACUCCAGCAGAAUCCUGUCGAGCAAGAACAGCUGCAGAUCAUCACAUCUGUAAUUCCAGUCGAAUCCAGCAUUCCAGUCGCUUCUUCUAUUACGGCUGCCGAAGUUGGCAACAUGCAACAAGUCAUCGAUCAAUCUGAGGUGUCCCUGCUCAGCGGAUCAGAGGUUGCCGUUUUGUUGGAAAAUGCUCAAGAAAUAGGACAGAACACGCCAGCUUCACAUGAGGAAAUCAGCUACCAUGCUGAAUAUAUGGCUAAUGAAGGACAGCUACCGAUCGGAAACUUGGAAAACAAUAUCAUCCAAGUGAUCUCAGAGAAAAUCGAGAAGGCGAGUGAUUGUAUUAUCCAUGCCAUUACAAGUAAAAUUGAGGCAUCUCUCGCCAAAUCUGUUGCGGCAAUAAAAAGCGACUUUGAUCUGAAGAUGCAAGCAGCCCUGCGUGUCCGACACGAAAAUACGGAAAUGGAUCCGAAAUUCAAAUUUUCGCCGGUAGCAACUGUAGAAGAAAUCAGGCAACUGGAAACGGAUUUGGCUGAUGAAUCCAAUCAGAACAAACUUAUAAAUUACAUGCGGAAAAUCAUUGGCCCGAACGGAGACACUUGUAACGGUCAAAACAUGUCUUACUUACUCGUGGAUUGCUUGUUCGAACGACAAGUUCUGAUUAAUUGCUCCUGGAGUGGAGGAAGCAAAUCGAAUCUUCCAAAAUUUGCAAUGAAAGAUUGCAAAAAUAUAUUGGAUGUGUUCUUUACAAUUGUCCACAACGUAAAUCCUACAUUUUCGGUAAAAUUACUGGAGGACUUUUUCAAACAGAUUUUGCGAAACGCAAAAAAAAUUGGGGUGGUGUGA